UGUUUCUGUGUUUUCUCUGUUUGUGUUAAGAACAUAAUGUAUUUGUAAAAUCAAUAUAGCCUACUCUUAAUUAGUGUCUUUAAAUAAGAGUGUAUGUAACUAUGUAUGUUAGUGUGAAAACCGUCUCUAACUAAAGUCUACCAAUUCCAAACGCAAUUAAUGGCCUGUUGCACUAAUUAGGCUAUAAACACUAAAAAUGUUCAUCAGAAAUUCAUAAAUAGUAAUAAUUAUUCGGUACUUUUUAUUUAGGUAACCUUUAUUUGACGAGGAAGGCCUGUCGUGAGAUCAAAAUGUUCUUUUCAAUAGUGUCCUGGCCAAGAUUACCAUCACUAACAGACAAACAACAAAACACAUGAUGUAACACAAAAUAGAACAAUGAUUAUAAAAUCAUAAAUAAGAAAAAAAAACUUCACAUCGUCUUAUUCUUAUUAUAUAGCAAUAAAUACUUAACUACAAAUAAUAGAUUAUGCAUCAAUAUGGAAGCCAUGUGUUUUUUAUGCCUUCUUAACCAUAUUUUCCAUCUUAUUUCCAGUCCUAGAGCUCCUCUACCCCCUGCUCCGUCCAGCGAAGCCCCACGGGGUAUGCGGGCAGGAACUGUACCUCCUUCCCCUUGCCUUCAAAGCACCCCGCCGCUAUGGGACCCCACAAAGGACCUGCGGGCAAUUGCCAGAAACUUCUGCUAUCUAGAAAAUUCAGGAUGGUACUGGGGAGCUGUAACUGCGGCUCAGGCCCAUGCUGCACUUCAAGAGGCAUCUGAAGGAGCUUUUCUGGUACGUGACAGCAGCCACCCUCUGUACAUGCUGACCCUCUCGGUCAGGACAGCACGCGGUCCAACCAGUAUACGGAUCCAGUACAGCGGUGCCCAGUUUUUGCUCGACUCCAGCUCCCCGGCCCGGCCCAGCCUGUCGUCCUUCCCCAAUGUGCCCAGCCUGGUGCAACACUACAUGGGACCAGAGAGGAAAGCAGUGGAGGGGAAGGUGGAGGAGGAGGCCCCUUCAAAACCCUCUCAGCAGACAAUUGAGGAGACAUCUGUGGUAUUAAAACUGAAGCGAGCCGUGUACAAGCCCCAGGGCCUCCCCUCCUUACAGCACCUCACAAGGCUCAUCAUUAACAGACACUCUGACUGUCCUGACCAGCUACCACUCCCGAAGCCUCUGCUGCGUUACAUACAGGACUAUCCCUUCAAGGUAUGAGGCAAACCAACAGGCUGAAUCUCAGCUGACUUUAAAAGAAAAAUAACUGUUAAACAGGUCCUUUGUGCCUGGAAAAGGACACUGCUGCUGCAGCAGUGCAGAGGCCAGUCAUGAAAGUACUGGACAUAGGGUCGUGUUUUUGCUGACGAAAUGUGUACAAAUUCAGUUAUUUGUACAAAUUCAGUUAUUUGUCAAGGACCGGGUGAUGAAGUACCCCCAGAAAAGACAUCUUGUGAGCAAAGCUCACUACUGUACUCUACACUAACUUUAUGCUGAAUGUGGCAAUUGUCCAUAUCCAUUGUUCCCUCAUCAGUCCUGGAUGUAUAUACUGUUCCUAAGAAGUCCACUGAUUCCAUUGAGACACCUUUUAAGCCAUUUUAUUUUUUCUACCUUUUACAUGUGUACAUUUUUCUAUUAAAAUAAGCAAUUGGCGUUUAA